UUAAGUCGAAGCGUCAUUGUUGAUAGUUACAGAGCACUUGUUCUUUUUAAGUGAGUGGCAUCUGGUAAGAAAUUGCAUCUGUACAACACUACACAUGAGUUAUAGAUACUCGGCAGGGGCUAGUACCCAUCAGCGAGACUUGAGAACCCAGUUGUUUUCGUCUGCCAAUGGCCUCACCAAAACACCUUCACGAGUCGGGUCUCCCUACGAUAAAGUGACUCCUGCGUCGGCCAAACACAACGAAUCAUAUUUACUGUCGUUGGAAUCGCAGAACAACGAGGAAUUGGAUAAUAUGAGCCAAAAGGUGGCGAUGAUCAAGAAUUUGGGGGUGAAGAUGGGGAGUGAAAUAAACAAGUCAAUCAAGUUAAACGACAAUAUAGCCGAGAAUAUGGAGAGAGGUAAGGUUACGUUGAAGAACACGUAUAACCGAAUGGUGGUGAUGAGUGAGAGAGCAGGUAUCAACUGCAAGCUGUGGUUUGUGGUGUUUUUCAUUGUGUUUUUAUGGUUCUUCUACGUAUGGAUAACCUGAUCCACACAUCAUCCAUGAUAUAGUGCUGAUAUUUAAUGAGUUUACAUCGAUCUGAUCAUUGGGUCUAUGGACAUGAUGUAGUUAUAAUACAAGCGACCGAAGCCGGUCAAGGGAUUUAAUACUGUCAUUCUUUUGUACGGCUGACUCCUCAGGUAGACCAUUCCAUUCGACGACUCUGUCAUUUUCAGACUGGGCAUCACUGGAAUCUUCUCUUACAAUGAUUCCCAAGGCGGUGAUGCUGUUGACGGAGUUGACGGUGUCGUUGUUGAUAAUGGGAAGACGGGGAGGUGGUGAUGAUUCUCUGUCCCAUACUUUAGAAUCUGGAGACUCUUGUAACAGCUUUGACGGUUUCAGAGCUCUUGAUACAUCUUUGUACACCAGCGGCUUGAGGAUAGAAGCCUUCGGCUUCAAAAUGUGAUGAGACGGUUCGUGUUUUGGUGUAGGAGAAAAGGCUCUCACCAGUGGUAUUCUCUUUUGCAACAGACGACGCUUCUGUUUUUUCU